AUGGGACGAACCAUCUGUAGUAGGGGCCAUUCUCUGCUUCUUGCAAGCCAUUCCUUCCACGCCAUUCUUGUGCUCCUAAACCCACGGCGCAUUGCCAUUGGCGAGGGAUAUCAUGGCUGUCAUGUUGUCAUCAAAUGCUGCCUCUUGGACUUCGAUGCCGCAGAGUUACAGUCAGGCAACGCUAUUCAUGUGGAGACACCCCUGAAUCUGACUGGAGAGGCCAUCAACUUGCAGUACUACGCGGAGGAGGCCCACAGGGCGGGAGCAUUCCUGACCGUUGAUGCGACUUUCGGACCGCCGCCGGUCCAGAAUCCCUUCGACUUUGGGGCUGAUAUUGUUCUUUACAACGGGACCAAGUAUUUUGGAGGGCAUUCUGGUAUGUUGUGUGGCAUAUUGGCUAUCAAUCCCAAGCACGACUUGCUGACGAGGCUCCAUAGCGAUCGUGUCUAUCUGGACUCAGUUGCAGGAAGCUGGCUUGGCAUGCGGUCUCUACGCACUCUUGAACUCCGAGUCACAAGGCAAAGUGCUACCGCAACAGCACUGCCGAGCAAACUGCGCCUCUUCCAGCAUGCGACUAGUCUUGGAGGUGUAGAAAGCCUGAUAGAAUGGCGAGCUAUGACGAACACCAGUAUUGACCAGAGGCUGGUUAGACUCGGUGUUGGAGUGGAAGCGCUGGACGAUUUGACCAGAGACUUGCAGCAGGGAUUAGAGACCUUGAGAAGGGAGGCAGCGAAGUAG